UUGAUGCACAAGCAUCACUUGUAUUCUCCUCUUAAAUGUCAUUGAUAAUCUCAAUUAUCUCAAAGUCUAUAUUAAUGCACCUGGUUUUCUUGUUUAAUUCAUUGUAAUAGAUGGAACAAGUAACACAAUUAAUUCUAUUAAGUUAUCCCAUUUUUCUUUUUUCUUUGUCCAAUUAUGGGUAUUCUAAUUAAUAUCUGGCGAUUAUUGCUUCGUCUACCACAAGAAGUGGACAAGUACGAGUGUACGACAAUAUCGAAAAUGAGGUUGAAGACUAUGUUCAAACUGAAGAAGAACUUACAAAAUGCAACCGAAGAAAUUUUGUUAAUCUUGAUGUUUAUAUCGGCUCUACUUUACUUAAGGUGGAUUAGCAGUCGUAACAAUCAAGAUCAUCUGCUUACAAAUCGGAGCACUGACAAAUUAAACAAACAAAUAUUCAUAUUAGCUGGACAAAGCAACAUGGCAGGUCAAGGAGGUGUACACAACUUCUCUUGGGAUGGUAUUAUACCUCGCGAAUGUCAACCUAAUCCAGAUAAUAUUCUUCGAUUGCGGGUAAAUAUGAAGUGGGAAAUUGCACAUGAACCCCUUAAUUACGGGGUUGAUUGUCUUCAUAAUUGUGGAAUUGGUCCUGGAAUGGCAUUUGCUAAUGCAAUUCUUAAACAAGAUCCAAAUUUUGGGGUUAUUGGAUUAGUGCCAUGUUCUAGGUCAGGUACUGGAAUUCAUGCAUGGAUUCGUGGGAAUUUGCCUUAUGAUCAAUUGUUAACAAAAGCUAAGGUUGCUCGUAGAGAUGGAGGGACUAUUAGAGGAUUAUUGUGGUAUCAUGGUGAGAGUGAUUCAAAGUAUAAGUACACUGCAAGAUAUUAUAAAUCCAAAUUUAUAAAGUUUAUUCAAGACAUACGUACCGACUUGAAUUCUCCUCUGCUUCCUGUUCUUGUGGUAGUUCUACAUUAUCCAAAACCGCCGUUUGUAGGAAAAUUUGUGCAUGUAGUGAGACAAGCACAGAUGGAUAUUGAACUCCCAAAUGUAAUAAAGGUGGAUGCUAAUGGUCUACCAGUGGGUUCGGAUGGUAUUCAUCUCACAACCCAAGCCCAAGUCCAACUUGGUAAUAUGAUGGCUCAGGCUUUUCUCAACGCUAAAUUUCAAUCUGUAACAUUUAAUUCAAACAAGACUUAUCAUAUGAAGUAGCUAGUAGUACCUAUCCACUUUUUUUUUUUGGUUGUUGUUUAGAUUAUUACUUAUGGUACUAAAUUAUUAGAAAUC